AUGGGGUCUACCCAGCAAGCAACAUCACACAAGCCUUUGCAAUUCCCAUCGGCAGGAUUUGAAGUUCUGAAUGGCAGCGAACUUAUUGAAGAAGAACUUGCUGAAGGAUACAAUGCUAAGAACUAUUAUCCUGUGAAGCAGGGUGAGGUUUUCAAUGGUCAAUACCAGGCCAUCCUCAAACUUGGGUUCGGAGCCACGUCAACUAUAUGGCUCUCUAAGGACUUCCAUUCUGGCGACUAUGUGGCACUGAAGGUCUGUACCACAAACUCUGAGAGGGAACGAGAGCUACCCGUCUAUGAGCACAUCAACUCCAUUAAAAAAGGCUCCAAAAGCCCCGGCAAACAGGUGAUCAGGGACCUUAUCACUCAUUUCACGAUAUCCGGUCCUUCCGGAAAGCACAUCUGCUUGGUCCAAGAACCAUUGGGGGCGAAUCUUCGCACGGCUCAGCUCUUGAACCCUGGAAUGCUUGACGCGUAUUUCAUCAAAGCACUACUUUGUGAAGUUCUUGAGGGAUUGGAUUUCCUUCACAAUGAGGCCAAGGUUGUGCAUACUGAUAUCCAGCCCAGCAACCUUAUGUGGUCCCUUUUUGACAAGAGCGUCUUCACGAGGCUGGAAGAAUCAGAACAAAAGUGUCCCUCACCUCGCAAGGUUCUCAAGGAUAGGAGUAUAUAUCUGUCUACGGAUCUUGAGCCGUCAGACGGUGAGCUCAGGCUAUGUGACUUUGGUGAGGCUCGAGUCGAGGGCGACCGUGAGGGCCUUAUCAUGUCGGACGCAUUUCGUGCACCAGAAGCUAUUAUGAAUCUGGCUUGGGGAUAUCCUGUGGAUAUAUGGGGCCUGGUCCAAACGGCGUGGUUAAUGCUCGAAGGAACUCCGAUGUUCGAGUGUGAAGACGAAGAGGGCCAGUACAAUGUCGAGGUCCAAUUCGCCAGUAUGAUAGCUGCACUCGGCCCUGCCCCAUUGAAUAUGAUCAAGGAAGACAAAGAAGACUAUCUCGAGAUCUGGGAUGAGAACGGUGGGGACAAUCACCUCGCUGAACUCCUGAAGCCAGGAGGAUAG